AGUAAAGAACAAAGGAGAAAGAGAAAGAAGAACCAAAAACAAUAAUGGCAAGAAUGCAAAGUCAAAAAUUACCCCACUUUGAUGCCACCUUUUUUCAAUUCCAAGCAAACACACACACACACUCACACUUUUUCCACACACAGUUGUCCCUUCCUCCCUCCAUCUUCACUCUCUCCUAAAGCAAAGCAAAGUUGAAAAAGGGAUUAGAGAGAAAGCAAAGAAGAGAGUGGUGGGUCUUAAUACAGUACAAAUUAUUCUUCAUCCUAUUCUAAUUCUUCUUCAUCUUCACCAACAAAACAGAAUGACCUCAAGAUUAACCCAAAAUGGUAUCAAUGGCACCCACCAUCAUCCUCAAUAUUACCCUCAUCCCACUUCUUCUUCAUCAUCUAAAGCUUCAUUUAAAGGUUGUUGUUGUUGUCUAUUUCUACUAUUUUCCUUCUUACUUCUCCUCAUUCUCGCUGUCAUACUUGUUAUUGUACUUGCCGUUAAGCCUAAAAAACCCCAGUUCGAUCUUCAACAAGUGGGUGUUCAAUACGUUGGAAUUACACCUAACCCAGCUACGAUUGCCACUUCCUCCGCCUCUGUUUCACUCAAUAUUCGAAUGGUUUUCACUGCUUUCAAUGAUAAUAAGGUCGGGAUCAAGUACGGUGAGUCCCGGUUCACGAUCAUGUACCGUGGGAUUCCUCUGGGUCGGGGCUCCGUACCCGCGUUCUACCAACCAGCUCAUAGUGUUAAGCGGGUUGAAACUACCAUCGUUGUGGAUCGGGUUAACUUGCUCCAAGCUGACGCAGCGGAUUUGAUUCGUGACGCCGCCUUGAAUGACCGGGUCGAGUUACGGGUAUUGGGUGAUGUCGGAGCUAAGAUUCGAAUCCUUGGUUUUACUUCACCUGGUGUAGAGGUAUCAGUGGAUUGUGCAAUAGUGAUCAGUCCAAGGAAACAGGCUCUCACAUAUAAGCAAUGUGGAUUUGAUGGUCUAAGUGUAUGACACUGUUAACCCACAAGGAGCCACAUUUGUUGGACUUGGUUAAACAAAGAUAGAAAAAAAGCAAAUUGCAAAAGUAGCAUUUGGAAAUUUAUUUUAGUAAAAGCAAGAUUCUAUUGAGCCAACUAAUUGUAGUGAAAAAAAAAGGCAUUUAAUUAUUAACUGAAUUUUCUUCUUUAUAUUUCUUUUUUGGAAAAAGUUUUGUUCCACGUUGUAAAGUUUUGGACAAUAUAUUGUUAUGCCACUCCUCAAUGUCAUUUGCUGGUAUUAUAUUUUUAA